GCGGUUAACUGACGCCGAAAUAUUCGGGUACAUUGAAAUUCGAAAUGAAAUGGAAUAAUUUAUUAAUAAAAGGUGGAUGCUAUAUUUCUUGUAGGAAGCUUGACUUUCCCUUCAUUGUCAAGUUCAUUGGGACAUCACUGCUGAAUGAUGGCGAUCGAUUACGGGUGAUCCAUGUUAUGGAAAUUUGCGAGGAAAACUUGAUGAAUCACAUCUUUCAGAAUCCUGAAAAUGUACCUGUAUCGUUCGCUAUAUCUACCGCCAAGAAAAAUGUACUGUGCUGGGCAAAGGACAUAGCUGCAGCUCUAGAGUUCAUACACAACAAGGGUAUUGUUCACCGCGACCUGAAGCUGGAAAAAAUUCUGCUUUCACAAAGAAGUGUCGUUAAGGUCUCCGGUUUUCACCUUUCUGAAGACACUAAGAUGAUCAUUGACACGUUGACGGGAACCGAUGCCUACCUCGCCCCGGUAAAGAUCCUUUACGAGGCCGACAUAUACAGCUUUGGUAUAAUGCUUGCUUUGGGAGAUGUGGUAUGGUAAGAGAGCUCCCCUUGAUGAAGAAGGACAUGUGUCGGACAAGAGACCUUCAUUUGUAGAAGGCGCCACGAAGCCUCCAACUGACUGGCAAGAUCUAAUGCUGCGUUGCUGGGAUGGAGAACCGCACAACCGACCAGAUGCGGCAGGGUGUCACAAGGUGUUGACUGUCCUCUCCCAAGAAGUUUGCGCACCAUCUCUAUGAACUCUGGUUAUUAGGCAGCCAUAUUAGACGUUUUUUAUAUUUAAUGGUAGAAUUACUGGGAAAAAACAGCCAUUAACAGUCAGAUAACAAACUCGUUCUGAUUGCCAUAGUAAAAAAAGAAGAGAAAUACAGGGCAACAUGC